AAAAUUUUGACCAAUCAACAACAUUCAGAUGAUUCGCCGUUUCAUAAAAACAGCAAUGGGAACUCCAUAAUAUACCAAUAUCGCCGCACGCAAUUGACAUUAUUUUAGUGCAUUUUUAGUCCCACACCACGGGGCGUGGUAUAUUUUUUGUCUUUCACCAUUCGGUCACUUUAAAACUCAGCUUGGCGCUUGAAACAAACGUCGAAUUUUGUGUUCUGUGAAAAAUCAGUGAAGAAUCAAUUAAUAUGGCAUAUUUCGUGAGAAAUCGGAUGGAACGAAACUACUACUUCAAAGACAGGAUGGCAUUCACCGAGGACCACAUCCGAGUUAGGAAACUGAUUUUGUGGGAUGUUCCAUGCAAGUUGAACAAGAUUAUGUUGAAUGCACAUUUUAGUGACUUUGGGCGUGUGGGGCGAGUCCAUUUAUCAAGGAAAACCAAACAAUUCACGUAUCGCACGGUCAAUGUGGUAUAUGACAAAGCCGGAUGUGCAGCCAGAGCCCUCCGUGAGAGUAAUCAUGAAAUAGAUGGGAUCGAGCUAUGGCCAUGGGCCGGCGACAGUUGGAAGCAACCGGAUGCCUACGGGACCAAUCGGGAACUGCGCCUUCACCGGGGGCCAUCGCCCAUUUUGGACCUUAAUGACGACUGUUUGCAGUUCAUUAUGGCACAUCUUGGACUGCAAGAUCAGGUGCGAUUCGCCAGGACCUGUAUGCGCUUCAGGGCGGUCUACCGCGAUGCAUCAGCCAGGCUGCACACUUCUGUGGAGUUGGGCCAGUUCAGGGACAUGACCGCAUGGGACAUUAGUGACUUUUUCAAACUGUCUGGCGCUCAUGUGCAGGUCCUUUAUGACAAACCAGAUUACGAAACAAGGCGAUACGUUCAUGCGGGUUGCUUGGCCGACUCCAUAGCGGACCAUUGCAUGAAUCUUCGGUCCCUACGCUUGUUUAACAAUCCCCAAUUGGAAUUCCAUUUGAAACUGACGCUUGCCAGAAUGCACCAGCUAGAGGAGCUGCAGCUUGAAAGUACUAAUGCAUUUGCUCCAUCGGUACCGCAAAAUCUAAAGCAACUUAAGAUACUGAAUUUAAGCUGCAAUUCAUUAACAGGCAACUCCUUGAGGAGAAAGCUACCCGUUUCCAUUGAGGUAUUGGGACUUAAUGAAUGCCGGAACUUUGAUGCCAAAUGGCUGCCCGGGAUAUGCAAGCGUUUAAGUAAUCUAAAGGAGCUUAAUAUACAAAAUGUUAUUACAUCGAAUAAGGAAAUCUUUAAAACGAUGGUUACGAAAAACUUGUGUCCUUCGCUGGAGACGCUCCGGAUGACGGCCUGCCGAAGCAGCGGAUAUGAGUUUGUGGCUCAGCUGCCUAAGCUGAAGCACCUCACCAUAUACACUCACCGCAACGAUCUGGACUUUCGCGCCAUUAUAAGUAAAGAGCUAAUUGAUCAGUUAGUGAUGCAUAAGGCAGACCAACUGGAGCAAUUUGAGGUUUUUGGCAGCUACCACUUAUCUCGGGAACAACUUAAACAAAUUGCCAAGCUUACUGCCCUUCGCGUACUCAUCCUUCGCGACAUAGAUCUGAGCAGCGAUGAGCUAGAGGAGUUUGCAAAUCUCAAGCAAUUGGAAAAGAUCUGCUUCGGUCUCUCAAGCGCCACAAACUCCAUGAUUCUGCAGGUGCUGAGUGCCUGUCCGAAGUUGAACUACCUGCGCCUAAAGGCAAACACCAAACCAGACGCUGAGCUGGUGCUUAGCAUCGUGAACCAAGUGCGACACGAGAUAGCCAAUAAGGAUAUGCAGAGAGAGCUUCCCAUCGAACUGUGGUCAUCUAUGAAUGACGAGCAAAUUAAGGAGCUGAUUCUAACAAGUUCUGAAGUUGUGCCUGAGGACAUCAUUCAAAUAAAAUGCAGCGAGGGAGAGUGUGGCCGCCUUAGCAUGGAUUAUAAGUGGACUUUAACAGGAUUGAAAAAUGAAUUCCAUAUGGAGAUGGCCAUUGACCGCGACUCUUUAAGCGAAGAUGAUUCUGAUUCCGAUUUGGGCAUAGACUCUUCCAGCGAAGAAGAUAACGAGGAGCGGUGAUUAUUAGAUUAUGUGCUGAUUGGUUCAGGCGGUCCUGGUGUAAUUUUACUACUUUUACGAAAAUAAACACAAAGUGUUGUUAAAAUUAAAUUCAGCGGUCGAUCGCACAUACAUUAAGAUCCUGGCCCACAAUUGUUUGAGUGAUUAGCAUCCCACUCAGGGAGUGGGAUCUUUCAAAAAAUACUGAUAUACUUUUCAACUUGGGAAACUCUGAAGUCCAAUCCAACUAUCCAAAACAUGCCAACCGCUUGACCAUCUGGAUAUGUUCCAGGGCAAACAGUGCUUAUCACAUCUCAAAAAUGCAUUUAAAACGGUUCUCCAAAAAUUAAUCUUUAAUUGUUGUUGAACGUUGAUGCACUAUAAACAGUACAAGCAUAGUGGGCAAUUAUUAUCGAGUUCGCAAGGUAAACCCAAACAAAAAAAAUUAAACAUUUAUAAAAAAAAAACUAAAAC